GACAUCGAUAAUUAGGCCUCCAUUAUAUCUUUGCAGAAUCCUGGGGUAGAGCGGGCAGUCUGAUGAGCCACGCCACAGGCCUAGUGUAGGUUCGGUCCUUCACUUGGACGAAUGCAUUCCUCAAUCUGCCAUUUGCUCCGGGCAUGGUGUCCUUCACUGUUCCCACUUGCCACAGGGCUCUUGGAGUUUGUUGAUCUAUGAUGAGGACUAUAGUGCUGAUGGUGAUGUUUUUUUUCUCUGUAUUCCAUUUCUGCGGUGCUUGCAAAGUAGGCAGGUAAUGCUGUAUGAAGUGUCUCCAUAAGUGAUUGGCCAGGACUUGAGUGUGUCUCCACCUCUUGCGGCUGAGAAGCUCUGAUUCUGGGUAGACCAUUUGUGGCAGGGAGGAGUACGGCCGCCCUAUCAGCAGGGAGUUGGGUGUGAUAGGAUCCGGGUUGGCCGUGUCAGACGAAACACAGCCCAGUUGAGGAUGCCCUCCACUUCAACCAAGACAGUCCUCAACACCUCCUCUGUCACUGAUUGAUUUCCCAAUGUGUUGUGAAGGGCUGUCUUUACCGAUUGCACCUCUCUUUCCCACAAUUGAAGCGGAACUGGAUCUGUUCUGCUGCCAACUGGUCUCGGAGUGCAAGUUUUGAAUGUUUCAUGCAGUUCCCUACUUCCUCCUUUAAAGUUAGUGCCCUUAUCCAAUAAGAGCUCAAAGGGCUUUCCUCUGCGAGUGAUGAAACGUCAGAGUGACAUUAGUAAUUAAUAAUCAUCCAUACAAGUUAGUAGGUCUAAGUAGACCAACCGUGUGGUCAGACACUUGUACAGGAUACCCACCCUCUUCUCAUUCUGUCACCCCACUUUGACAAGCAUGAGGCUGAAACAGUCCAUGCCGGUUGUAUAGAAAGCAUGUGGAAGAGCCUCGAACUUGAGGGGUAAAUCUACCAUACUUGCUACCUCUGGUUGACUUCUCCAGUUCCUGCAGUCUGGACUGAUGUACUGCUUCCUCAAUAUCCAGUUCUUCCUGCGCAGUUCAGCAAAUUAACCCUCAGAACCAGGAUGAUGCAGCUGGUUGUGGUAAUCAUAUCACCACCUACUGGUCACAUGAAUUAACCCUUGUUAUCCAGUCCCACAUAGUGGACACAGGAGGCAUGUACGAUGCUACACACUCCUCGCAGGAACAAGCAUCUUUCUCUUUUGUGCAUUGUCCAAUGGUUGAGAAAGUGUACAGCUGUGUCAACUGGCUAGCUCUGAUAAAUCUCUUUGAUUUCUCUCUCUGUCCUUUUUAAGACACUGAAAUGAUGCGAUAAAAUAUGUUUUUUCCUGGUGUGACGGGGCUGAUACAAGUUUGGUCCCGACAGUGUCACUAAAAUGAGAGCGGCAGCUACUAUGAGUGUAAGGGCAGCAGCGACUCGAUUUGUUGUCCUUCUUCUCACUGUGCCAGUUGCAGUGGUGCUGAGUCAAAGUGAAUGGAGUGUGACUUACGAUACCCACAAGUUUCAAGUUCAUCACACUGUUGAUGGUGAGAUCUGUGCCUCUAGAGGAUCAACAGUGAACAUUCGCUGCACCUAUAAUUACCCAUCUGAUCACAAAGGAACAGUGUCAGAUUUAUUCUGGUUCAUAAAAGAAAGUGAGGAGGCUUAUGCGGAUCUGAAAACAGACCCGCAGUAUUCAGGUCGUGUGGAGUACACCUGUGCAGACAACAGGUGCACUCUGAGCAUCAGUGACGUGAGACAGAGCGACUCAGCUGAGUACAAGUUCAGGUUCAAAACAACCGAACCUGGAGGGACUUGGAGUGGUUCACCUGGAGUCACUUUGUCUGUUAAAGAUUUGGAGGUGAAGGUGUUAAAACUAUUCGACGAACCUGGUGAAACAAGGCUCCGGUGUCAGGGUCAGGGCAAUUGUAAUCUUGAUACCGGGCUGACGUUCUACUGGUACAAAAAUGAUACGUUUUUCAAGGAAGAUGCAUUGUCUGUCCCAAAUUUUUAUCCUGGAGAUAGAGUUUCCUGUGCCAUUAAAGACUACCAGACUUCUCGCUCCCCGACAGCAUUGGUGCAGGCUCGGUAUGGAUGGGAUGUGAGUUACGCUUCUACUGAGAUCUGUGCCUUCAGUGGAUCAACAGUGAACAUAACCUGCUACUACAGAUACCCAGAAUAUGUGAAUGGCGUCGCGUUAAAACAGCAGACAGGAUUCUGGUUUAAAAAUGACAUGAAGAAUGUGGAUCUGAGUAAAGAUCCGCAGUAUUCAGGUCGUGUGAAGUCUGUCUGUAAAAACUUUGAGUGCUGUCUGACAAUCCGUAACCUGACGACGAAUGACUCAGCAGAGUACAAUUUCGGGUUCACAACAGAGAGACAUAGAGGGACUGUUAUUGGUUCACCUGGAGUCACGGUGUCUGUCAAAGACCCUCAGCUCCAGGUUCACAUAAGGAGAUCAAUGCACAUUGGCAUUUGGACAGAGCUGACAUGUCACAGCAGAUGUACGCAUCCUCGUCAUCCGUUCUUCUGGAUCGACAAAGACAACAAAGUUAAAGGGGAAAAAGAAUAUAUUCUCCUAAAACAUAUUGCAUCUGCAGCCGGUUAUUACUGUGCUAUAAAAGAAGGAAAAAAUGUACGUUUCCGUUCUCCUUCUGUGUCUGCUCCAGAGGUUUUCGUUGUGUCGACGACUCCCUCUGGUGACAUAGUGGAGGGCAGCUCAGUGACUCUGACCUGCAGCAGUGAUGCUCACCCAGCGGCGAAUUACACCUGGAACAAGAAAAAUGAAAGCGAAGAAGUUCAACUUCUCCGUGAAGGGACUCAGUUUGCUUUCAGCUCCAUCCAGUUGUCAGAGUCUGGAGUGUAUCACUGCACAGCUGAGAAUGAGCUGGGAAGGAAUUCAAAAGACAUUUUUAUUGAUGUGAAAUAUGCUCCCAGGUCUCCCUCCGUGUCAGUGAGUCCCACUGGUGAGAUAGUGGAGGGCAGCUCAGUGAAUCUGACCUGCAGCAGUGAUGCUAAUCCAGCAGCCAAUUGUACCUGGUACAAGAACCAUACCAGGAUUGGAGAACCGAAAAACAUUUAUCAUUUCACUGGCAUCAGCUCUUGGGACAGAGGGGUUUACCACUGCAAAUGUGAGAAUAAACAUGGACACAACUCGACAUCGAAAUCCAUAGAUGUCCUUUAUGCUCCCAAUCUUCCCUCGGUGUCAGUGAGUCCCAGUGGUGCGAUAGUGGAGGGCAGCUCAGUGACUCUGACGUGCAGCAGUGAUGCUAAUCCACCAGCUGAUUACACCUGGAACAAGAAAAAUGAAAGGAAAGAAUUUCACCUUCACCUUGAAGGGACUGGGUUUGAUUUCAGCUCCAUCCAGUCGUCAGACUCUGGAGUGUAUCACUGCACAGCUGAGAAUGAGCUGGGAAGGAAUUCAACAGACAUUAUAAUUGCUGUGAAAUAUGCUCCCAGGUCUCCCUCCGUGUCAGUGAGUCCCAGUGGUGAGAUAGUGGAGGGCAGCUCAGUGAGUCUGACCUGCAGCAGUGAUGCUAAUCCAACAGCCAAUUGUACCUGGUACAGGAACCAUACGAGGAUUGGGGAACCAAAAAACAUUUAUCAUUUCACUGCCAUCAGCUCUGGGGACAGAGGGGUUUACCAAUGCAAAUGUGAGAAUCAAUAUGGAUACAACUCGAUAAUGAAUUCCUUAGAUGUCCUGUAUGCUCCCAAGAUUCCUUCCGUGUCAGUGAGCCCCAGUGGUGAGAUAGUGGAGGGCAGCUCAGUGACUCUGACCUGCAGCAGUGAUGCUAAUCCACCAGCUGAUUACACCUGGUACAAGGAGAACGAAGACUCACGGAAAGCAUCAGCGCAGAUCUUCACCAUCGCUGACGUCAGAGUUGAAAACGGUGGGAAUUAUUCCUGUUUUGCCCAGAACACACAAGGAUGCCACAAUUCCACCGUACGACUGAUGGUUAUUGCAGCCUCCCCAGGUGCUUGGAAAUCAACGGUCAUUGGAAUUAUCUCUGCUGUUUUCCUCGGAAUAAUGCUCCUCUUUGCUUUCUUCCUGAUAAGAGAACUGAGGGCCUCUAAGCAAUCAUCCCAACCUGGAUACGGACCUGGCAGUGAGCAGGGUGACUUUCACUCUGCCACUUUCCACUUCUUGAAGAACCAGACAGAUGCUGUCUUCUACAACAUCGGACCAGGUGGAGCCAGCAGAUACGAGGAUGAGGAUGAUGAUGAUGAUGAUGAUGAUGAUGAUGAGGAGGAUGAGGAUGAGUUUGCGUACGCUGCUGUCACCUUUAAAAGUUUUGCCCCGAGCAGAGGUCAGGACACUGGAGAGGAUCCAGCCAAGUUGUACAGUACAGUCAAGAAAAACUUCUGAUCUAUAGACCGACGUCUGCGGACUGAAAUAUCUCAACAACUAGUGGAUGGAUUUACACAGAAGUUUGUACUAUUCAUGAUCCCGACAGGAUGAAUCCUUCUGACUUUGGUGAUUCCCCUGACUCUAGUGUCCCUUUUUAGUGACAUGUCUUUUGGAAUUAUUGGAUUAAUUUCCCCCGAAAAUAAAUCCUACAUACUUUAAAUAUAUCAACAACUCAAACAAUUUAAAACUUGCAGCUACAAACUUGACAAUUACCUGCUGAAUGUAUCAGAUGACAAACAGCCUUUCAGCUUGUACUUUGCUUUUCGUAAUAAAUUGAAUCCAUGAAUAAAAUAUGCUGUUUAAAAGCAUAUUUGUACAGAGCCCCUGUAAGUUUCCACAGGUGUAUUUUUAUUUUAUUUUUGUGUGCCAAAGUUAAAAACUUGUUCACAUGCGAUAUAUAUGUUGUAGGAACAAGUUAAUAUGUGCAUAUUAAAAACAUAAUUGGCUGAUGAAAACCUUGUAAGAGUUUGUUGUUUUAAAACAAACAUUAUGAGACUUAGUUGUAGUGGCAAAUAGUUUUACUGACAGGGAACCACUUCCACGAUCCUGUUUGUAAAAUCCUCUUUUUCUGCACCCUUUUUCAUUAUUCCCAACACCACAACAGGUUUUAUUUGGUUGUGAAUCUCGCUAUCUUUUUUAUUUCUAUUAUCAUCUCUUUUGGUUUGCAAUGAAUAUUUUUUAUCUUCAUCCCAUUUAAUUGUUUACAAUUGUCCCUGUUUUGAUCUGUAUAUAUAUAUUUAUUUUUACUCCUGUAGUAGUUGGUAGAAAAAUUAAAAAGUGAAGUUAUCUACAA